CGGCGGUAUUUACUGUUCGGCUGGAAAAUCCUGCAGGGAGAGAAAUCUGACACGACAAGGGCUUUGAGAUCAAUUGUUAUCAUUAGCCGGCGGUUACCUAAACAGAUAAGAUGGCAUGCAUUGCAAGAAUUUAACACGUAAAAUCUUAUAAAUAACAGGUUGUGGUAACAUUAAAUGAAUACUCUCGUUAUUUACACCUCGGGAUGGAGUCAUUUGCAGCGACCUGUUGUCAAGUUAGCAAAAAAUAACCUUACGUUUUUUAGCACAAUGCUAGUUUUCCAGCUCUAUCUAGCACAUGUUUACUGUAAAUGUGAAGCGACAUGUGCUGUGUAAUGUUUACCCAGUCGAACUGUAAGUCUUAUUAUCACGUUUCUUGCCGUCUAAACGGUGACAGCUAAGCGUUGCUAACAGGCUAGCCGAGGUAUUGAAUGUUUACCAUCAUGGACAGGGAGGCUUAUCGCAACUGCUGCAGUCUGGCAAAAAUAACAAGACAGUCUUAUGACCAGUUUUGGUCUCCUCAUUUUUUAGAUUACAUCGACAAGGAGUUGAGCUACUCCAAGUUUUUCAAGAAAUACUUGCUUCCGAACCACCCGUGCAUGUUUUCAAGGAGGUUUACAGACGACUGGAAGUGUAGAAAACAGUGGGUGUCUGAGGAGGGGAAGCCUAAUUUCCAGAAGCUGCUACAACAGUUUGAGGAGACUCCUGUUCCUGUCGCAAACUGUAACGCAAAGGAGUACAACGCCAACCCAAAACAAGUGAUGCCUUUCAAAGAAUUUAUACAAUACUGGAGGGAAUACAUCCAGAACGGCCACUCGUCACCUAAGGGAUGUCUUUAUCUUAAAGACUGGCACAUGUCAAGGGACUUUCCAGAACAUAAUGUUUACACCACACCGGUCUUCUUUUCUUCUGACUGGCUUAAUGAAUACUGGGAUACACUUGAGGUGGACGACUAUCGCUUUGUCUACAUGGGACCCAAAGGCUCAUGGACUCCGUUCCACGCCGACGUGUUCCGCUCCUACAGUUGGUCUGCAAACAUAUGUGGCAGGAAAAAAUGGCUCCUGUAUCCCCCCGGUCAGGAGGAGUUUUUACGGGACACUCAUGGGAACCUCCCCUAUGAUGUUACAUCUGCUGAACUGCGAGAUAAAGGCCUUUUUCCACACUCCGAGGAAGCCUGUCAACCUCUUGAAAUUAUUCAAGAGGCGGGGGAAAUCAUUUUUGUGCCCAGUGGCUGGCACCAUCAAGUUUAUAAUCUGGAGGACACCAUCUCCAUAAAUCAUAACUGGUUGAACGGCUGCAACAUCGACAUCAUGUGGCAGUUUCUUCAGAAUGAGCUGUCGUCUGUUCAAAAAGAGAUUAAUGAAUGGAGAAACACGAUGGACUCGUGGCACCAGCACUGCCAGGUCAUCAUGAAAGCUUGCUCUGGUAUCAACUAUGGAGAAUUUGCCUCGUUUUUAAAGAUCAUUGCCAACAACAGAAUGGCUUUCCUGAAUGCUUGCUCCUCUGGGGAUUCCUCCGAAUGCCCACGACAUCUGUCAGAGACCCUCACCGUACUUGGACCUUACCAUGCUGCCUUUGACCUACAAAGAGUGGCUCAUAUUAUUGAAUGCCUACUCUGCAAUGACGACUUUAAGCGGCUGGAUCAUUCUACUUUGACUUUGCAGCCAGAAACCAUGUUACAGCAAAUUCGUGACACCAUACAAUCCACCAGGGGGCAGCAUCUCCUUUAUCAGGAAUAAGAUGUUCAGUGGUGUCUCGUCAAUGUGCUUAUCGUCUGGAAUUAGCUUGAAUGACAAGUGCCAAUUUGUAUGUUGUGAAAAAGA